GCCAAUAUGGCGAAAAAAAAAAGCGGUAAAUUAUGUAUAUAAGCACAAUUCUCGGAAAUUUGACAGACGAUUGUGCAUAUUUUCGCUAGAAAAUUGGGCCGUUUGUGACACAUUUAUUGACAGCUUCGCGACUACUGCAGUUUAUUCAUCCAGCUUUCAAGAAUAUUUCGACGCCAUGAAGUGCCGUUUGAACCUUGAAGCUGUGGGUAAAGCAUUGUGUAUUCUUUUACUGAUUCUACAAGGAGCCAUAUUGGACUACUACCUAGUAGAGCACCGCGAGGUUCAAUCUCUUGGCUUCAUUGCCACCGACAUUAUUGUCCUCACCAUUUGGAUUGGAGUGAUGUUCAUGGCCAAACGAAAAUUUCUCGCAAAGUUGAGAAAGAAGAGACGAGCAAAGGAAAACGUCGACGGCAAACAUCGGCGUGCAGAGGUUGAAAACGACGACGGAGCCGAUGAAAUUGCUUAUGUCUUUGUAGCCUGGCUGGCUUAUGUUGCUAUAACUUUGGUCCCGGAGGUGGCGGUGAUUUUCAAACGGUUUGCAGAUCAGCUCGGGGAUGCCAAACUCUUCGGGCAGAACAUUCUUAAAGUUGCUCUGUGCAUUACGCCAAUGUUAUUCCUGCUACUAGUGAAUUCACACCACGAUGGUAAGCGUUACCCCAAACGCAGAAUCUACAUUGACAAACUGUCUGCAGGGGUCACGCUAGAUUUACUUGACAGCAUAGACAUCUUGGAGAUCUUAUUUAUGGAUGACGUGGAAAUCAAUCUUCCACUUGGACUGGAAAAUGCCAUAAUUGCAUUUGCGUGUAUUAAUUUUUUCCUUCCCACCCUUGCUCUCCUCCAGUUGAGUGCCAUCGUAAAAGGCCAAGUACGCUCUGCUAAUUUUCAAUUUCUGUACUCAAUAUCGUACAUUGUUCUGGUCAAUGUGCCGUUAGGAGCGAUCAGAAUUAUUCUAUGGACGCAGUAUAACCAAGAUGUGUCGGUGUUCAUCGGGAAAAAUAUUAUCGCAUCAGCUAUCUACAUGUUUGACAUCUACGAAACCUGUGGACCUGAACGUCCUCAACAGUGCCCAAAAUGUGACAAGCAUUUUGCACCAGAUAGCAUUGAUGGACACAAAGCUGAGUGUUCAAAUCCUGUCCUUGGUGAUGAUGAUGUCGGUACUCCGAUGACCUCUCCUUUGUCAGAUGGCCAGUCUUCAGUAUAAUCAAGGACUGUAAGUGAUCCCAGGGUAGAGGGGGGUGGGGGGACUGUAUAUGGUGGGUUUUGACAAAACACUGACCCCCUACUGACCCCCUACUGACCCCCUAUAAAAUCAACGGGAAAAUG